AUGGAUUGGUCUGAGUAUUUCCACGCAUAUAUGCAAAUGCCAGAAAGCAUCAGAGAGUGCGCUCUUCUGUCAGGAAGCUCUGUGGUGGCAACGCAGUACACAGACGGUUUCCUCAGCGAGGAAACUGUGGGCUCGCUGUGGCAAGAGACCACGCCCAAAAACUCUGUUAUUAUCCACGAUGCAAAGUAUCUGUAUGUAAGAGACAUAGUUGAGGGCCAGGACGGGUAUUCAAUAAGCUUCUACCAAAAGGUGAAGUCUGCAGGCGAAGAGGACCCAGAGGAGGCAAACGUCCUGUUUGCUGCUAGAAUGGACACUCUUUUGUGGGUGGGGAGCUUUAACAACAACCAAAAGAGCAAAGUGAUUCCAUUCGUAGAGAGCAUUGCCUCGCAUAUUUACACGCACAUUGUCCAAAGCGAGGAAUGA